GUUGGUGAGAAUAACAUAGUGAGAUAUACCUGAACCCUUGCAUACUUUGCAGUCAACCAACCCCGUCUCUUGCUAGCUUCAUCUUGCCAUCGGAGUCUGAGACUCGCAUGUGGUUCGACUCAGUUACUUCCAUUUUCUCAAAUUUUUGAAGUUGCUUUUGUGUCGGUACUUCAUAGUGAUACAUUGCCAUACAAUGGACGUUUAGAUUAUGUUGUUCUUAACUGGGGUGCACCACACAAGUGUAGUCUUAACGGCUCUAUGGCCUGUAAUUUUUGGGAUAUUUCAAAGUUUGUGACAUAAAUGUGAUUUCUAUCAUUGAUUCAAAGCUUAUAAAUGAAAUUGUACUCAUAACAUAAUGAAAAGUUGUUGUAUAUUUUGCAGGGGCGUUUGUGUCCAAGAUAUACGUAUGCUCAACAAGUCUAAAAAGCCAUUGGAAUUUCCCGACGAAGAAUACUAUAUAUCUCAAGAGCAACCCAAAUAUUUCACCAUAUCCUAUUCCUACUGCUUUCUAACCAAAUUCUAACUCCACUUCAUCUUUAGAUGUUGAAUGUGGCAGUGGCACUUUUGCAUGAUUUAGACAACGGGAAUCCACAUAACAUUGUAUUUCCUUCGUAUGAAUGAAUCAUUCCAAAUGUAUCAAACUGUUGACUUGUAGUAGGUAUGAUUCCUUCAAGGUGGUUUUUUGAAAGGCUUAAGAAAGAGAGGAAAUUCAAAUUUUUCAAAGCCGCGGGAAUGUCACCAGUCAACUGGUUCCUUGAGAGGUCCAACCACUCCAAAUUUCUCAAUUUACUCAAAGAUUGCAGAAUGGUACUUGUGAUUCCAUUCAUUGAACGGUUGAGACCUUUGAGAGAAUUUAAUUCACCAAUGACUUGUGGAAUUUCUCCUUCAAACAUGUUAUUUGAUAAAUCAAUCAUUGUAAAAGUAGCCAAUAUCUUUGUCAGCUCCAUAGAAAACCCUUUCAUCAUGACCACCAUAGAAUCGGUAUAGUAAUAGUUGGACACCGAGUUAUUCAUGUCCAUGUAUCGUAACUGUUCAAGGUAAGGUGAUGAGAUGGAUUUAACUUUGCUAUCAAUGUUGAUAGAAAGAAAACUAUUGUGGGAAAGGUUGAGGAAUUUUAGUGGUGGAUGUGUCAUGUGUGGUCGUGUGUAGUAAAAACGGUAUACCACGUUUCAUGUAAUGUGCUUUGUCUGAAGGUGUGACUAACUUCACUGAAAUUGCUGCAGAGUUGUCAUGUUGUGUGCCAAACAUAUAUGUGUGUAUCAGGGAUGACACUUAUCAAUUGAUGUUCUAUGUGGAAAACAAGUACUAUCUUGUCUUCCACUAUUCUUCCUUAUAAUUAAUGUAGAUAAUAACGAGGUCUUUCUGCCGACUGAGCUGUAACAAAGCCUUUCCCUGCACAUAGCAGAAGACUAAUUAAAUGGAGAUGUCAAUGGAGCAGAUCAAAGCCACUGAACAUGUUACAAGGAAAAAGGGUGGUUUAAGAACCAUGCCCUUUAUCAUAGCAAACGAGACCAUUGAAAAGGUUGCAAAUGUAGGGCUCCAUGUAAACAUGACUCUGUACCUGCUAAAUGAGUAUCAUUUAGACCCUUCAACUGCAGCUAUAGUAAUAUUCCUGUGGAACGCCCUGUCGAAUUUCAUCCCCCUCUUUGGUGCUUUUCUUUCUGAUUCUUUCCUUGGAAGAUUUCAUGUCAUAGCAUGGGGAACAGUCAUCGACCUUCUUGGAUUAGUUGUAUUGUGGUUAACUGCAAUCCUUAGGAAUGCAAGGCCUCCAGAUUGCCAUGGAGAACUUUGUGCAGGUCCAUCAGGAGGGCAGUUCUUGUUUCUUUUCUCGUCCCUUGCUCUCAUGGCUGUUGGAGCUGGUGGCAUUAGGCCAUGUUCCUUUGCCUUUGCUGCUGAUCAAAUCAACAACCCUGAAAACCCACAAAAUCAAAGGAUCAUGAAGAGCUUCUUCAAUUGGUACUAUGUUUCUGUUGGCCUUUCAGUGAUGAUUUCGGUGGUUUUCAUAGUGUACAUUCAAGUUAAAGCAGGAUGGAUCGUGGGUUUUGGUAUUCCGGUUGGGCUUAUGUUACUUUCUUCUGUCAUGUUUUUUCUGGGUUCUUUUAUGUAUGUGAAAAUGAAACCAAACAAGAGCUUGCUCACUGGCUUUGCACAAGUAAUUUCUGCAACCUGGAAAAACAGACACUUGGACUUGCCUCCAAAGAAUUCAGACAUGUGGUAUUUCCAUAGUGGUUCUAAUCUUGUCCAACCGACGGACAAAGCAAGGUUCUUGAACAAGGCUUGCGUAAUCAAGAACAGAGAGAAAGAUUUAGACACUUGUGGGAUGGCCAUUGAUCCAUGGUGUCUGUGCACAGUAAGAAAAGUAGAGGAGUUGAAAGCAGUAAUCAAGGUCCUUCCCAUUUGGUCCGCCGGCAUCAUACUUUCUAUGAGCAUAAGCCAACACAUAUUUCCUGUGGUCCAAGCUGGCACCAUGGACAGGGUUGUGCUCAACUUGGAGAUCCCAGCAACCAGCUUUGUUGCAUUUGGAAUCCUCACUUUAACCAUAUGGGUGGCUAUCUAUGAUAGAGUACUAGUUCCCUUUUUAUCAAAGUACGCGAAAGGAGGACUCACUAUUAAGCAAAGAAUGGGAAUUGGACUAGUACUGUCAUGUUUAGCCACUGCAGUAGCAGCAUUGGUGGAGAGAAAGAGAAGGAAUGAAGCAAUAAGAGAAGGGUUUAUGAACAAUCCGAAAGGAGUGGUGAACAUGUCUGCUAUGUGGCUUGUGCCACAGUAUUGCAUAACUGGUUUAGCUGAGGCUUUCAAUUACAUUGGACAAAUAGAGUUCUAUUACUCUCAGUUUCCUAAAAGCAUGGCUAGCAUUGCUAUUGCACUUUUUUCCCUUGGCAUGGGGGUAGGAAACCUGUUGGGAAGUCUUAUAGUUAAGGUUGUUGAAGAUGGGACACGGGGAAGAGGAAAAAUCAGUUGGCUAUCUUCAAAUCUCAACCAAGGGCACUAUGAUUACUACUAUGCACUCCUUACCCUUCUAAGUUUUGUUAACGUGUUUUACUUCUUCCUAUGUAGUUGGGCUUAUGGGGGUACUGAAGAUAUAAUGACUUGGGAUGAAGAGGAUGACACAAAAUUAUAACCAGAAAAAAGACCGACACAAAAUGAUCCGGAAGAAGAAAAAUAUUAAUUAAAGAGAGAUAUAUGAUUUGAUUGGAACAAAAAAGUGGAAAUGAGUGCGAAUGUAUCAAAGUGAUUGUAUUGCUAUUUUUUUCCUAGCUAAGUGGAUGCUCAUAAAAAGUGUACAAUUAUAAGUGUUUGGAUACUAAUUGUGUAUAAAUGUGAUAUUUCAAAGUUUGUGACAUAAAUGUGAUUUCUAUCAUUGAUUUAUAAAUGACAUUGUAC